AUGCCUUCUCUCGAGAUCACUGCUGACAAAACUCCUGCUGAUUUGGAUGCUUUCUUGAAGAACCUUUCGGCCGUCUUUUCCGAGUGCAUUGGCAAACCCGAAGCCUACUGUAUGGUUAUCUUUACAAAGGCAGACCGUAUCUACUACAACGGUAGCAGUGGUGCCUCAUUCCUUGCUAAGGUUACUUCGAUUGGCAAUAUCGACAACGACCGUAAUGCCAACUUGUCCAAGAAGAUUGGUGCCGAGCUUGAAAAGGAACUCGGUGUUACUCUUGACCGCGGUUACUUUUUCUUCAGUGAUGCCAAGGCUAGCGAUACUGGUUACAAGGGCAACACCUUUGCCAACUUGAUGGGCUUAUAA